ACGUCACUGGCCGGCGCCAGCAGGAAGGGCGCUGUGCGUCACAUGUGUGCGGAGGCCGCGGGCGGGCCCAUGGCGAGCUCCGCGGGGUUGGCGCUGUGCGGCCAGACGCUGGUGGUGCGGGGCGGCAGCCGGUUCUUGGCCCUCUCUACUGCGAACAGUGAUGAUGGCUGCAUCUUCACGUAUGAUUGCGGUGCCGCAGAGAAGAAGUCCACGCCACAAGAUAAAGGGGAGGACGGACAGUCCACCGACAAGGGGAGUGACAUGAUUCUGGCAUCCACCUUCUCCAAGUCUGGCAGCUAUUUUGCUUUAACGGAUGACAGUAAGCGUCUGAUUCUUUUCCGUACAAAACCAUGGCAAUGUCUGAGUGUCAGGACUGUGGUGCGGAGGUGCACUGCCCUGACUUUCACAGCCGCAGAGGAUCGGGUCUUGGUGGCUGACAAGUCUGGAGACGUCUACUCCUUCUCUGUGCUGGAGCCUGAUGGGUGUGGCAGGCUGGAACUUGGGCACCUCUCCAUGCUGCUAGAUGUGGCGGUGAGUCCUGAUGACCAGUUCGUGCUCACUGCAGACCGGGACGAGAAGAUCCGGGUCAGCUGGGCUGCUGCUCCACACAGCAUCGAGGCUUUCUGCCUCGGACACACAGAGUUUGUGAGCCGCAUCUUUGCAGUGCCCAGCCAUCCUGAGCUGCUGCUUUCCUCCUCUGGGGAUGGCACCCUGAGACUCUGGGAGUACAGAAGUGGCUGUCAGCUGCAGUGCUGUGACCUGGCCAGCCUACAGGAGCCCGCAGAGCAUCCAGGCCACAAGGGGUUGGCCGCAUCCAGGAUUGCAUUCUGGGAACAGGAGAGCUGUGUGGUGCUUCUGUGUGAAUGCGUUCCUGUGGUCUUCGUCUUCCAGCUUGAUGCCAGCAGACAACAGCUAGUGUUCAGACAGCAGCUGACUUUCCCUCACCGAGUGUGGGAUGUUGUGUUUGAAGAGACUCGGGGGCUGUGGGUUCUGCAGGACUGUCGUGACGCUCCCCUGGUGCUCUGGAGGCCCGUGGACGGUCAGUGGCAGGCUGCUCCUGAAAAUGCUGUGUCCCAGAGACUCUGCAGCCAUCUCCGGGAGAGCUGGGCCAUGAUGGAAGGCUCUGUUGGCUCAGAUGAUGGCUUCCGCGGCCUUUAUAAGGCCACCUUUGACAACAUGACCUCUUACCUGAAGAAGAAGGAAGAGAGACUGCAGCAGCAGCAGCUGAAGAAGAAGCGACAAAGGAGCCCCCUGCCAGGGUCCCCAGAACAGACCAAAAAGGCUUGCCCAGAGCAGUCAGCCCUUAAUUGCUGACAGUGGACUUGGCAGCAGUUCUCAUUCCUGAAGCCCCACGGGCCGCACUCUUUUCUUUCUCCUGUCUGGUUUGUCCAUAAGGAGGAAGAUCAUGGCAGCUCAGUCCCCAAGUAGCUCAGCACGGUCUCUGGUCUCCACCACCACCUUAGUCACUGGGCAUAGGUUCCUAUCUGGUUAGCUGGGCCUCCUCUUGGUUUCAGGGAAGACAGGGUGUUAGCUUAGUUAAUGAUUCUACAUAGCUGUGGGUAAGCACCUUCACAAUGAAGUAUAUACUGACCUACAGCACCACGCACAUCCGCUCGUGGCGCAGUGCAGUGUGUGAGAAUCUAUAGGGAGGGUUCCACGCCAUCGCUGUGGGCUCUCAGGCAGAGCCCUGUAUGGCCACGUGGAGCUGCUGCUUGUGAGGCAGAGUCGGUUGGUGCUGCCUCUGUAGCUCUGUACUCUUGCAGCUGCAUGUGAGGGCUUUAUGUACCUUCAGGGAAGCAACAUGGCAGUGGCAGUGGCCCUGGAGCAGACCUGCCGUGAGAGUGGAACCUUGGCCGGGCCAGCCUUGUAUAGGGAAUGACUGGUGACGGUGUGGGGCUGCUGCUUUGAUGUAAACUGCACAUGCCGCAGCACAGCAGGGGGUCACCGAGCAAAGCAUCAAUAAAGACAGUUCUGCACAGCUUUCUGGAACGGUCAGCAGCGGCCUUCAGUGCUGGUCUUAGUGAAUGUGUGUGUGCUGCUCAGAUGACAUGGCUCUUGGUAGUUAGUGUCACAGAUCAGCUGCAGUCCUGGCCUGGGUACAUACCUGGGGAGUAAGCUGCUGCUGUGAAAACAGGAGACCUGACCUCCGGAUACCCGCCCAUAUAUACAGAACAAAGGCGGGACAAAGCCUAGCACACCUCUAACCCUAACGCUGGGCCUGCAGACCAGGGCCGCUUAGCCUAAACUGACCUUUCAGGCCCAGUGAGAGACCCUGUCUGGAGAUGGAGAGCGAUAAGGGAAGACACCCGGUGUCAGUCUCUGCCUCCACGUGGGCAUGCACACUAGUGCCCUCUAGUCUACAUGUAACACAAUAGAAACAGCCUUGUGCCCCCGGCAGCUUCGCUGUCUCACCUGUAUUCGGGUGCUUUAUUUCUUCCCACAAAGUUGGUGGAGGGGUGUACAUGGAGCAGGGCACACCUAUGUAGGAACUAAACUUGUUCUGCUUCAUGAACAUAGAGAUACCUGCUCUCCAGAGAUGUGGGUCAGCAAACUGGGCUGUGGGCUAGGUCUUAUGACCUAAGAAAGCUGUUUUCAAAGAUUUAUUUAUACAGCAUUCUGCCUGCAUGUACAUCUGUGUACCAGAAGAGGACACCAGAUCUCGUAGAUGGUUAUGAACCACCAUGUGUUUGCUGAGAAUUGAACUCAGGACCUUUGGAGGAACAGCCAGUGUGCUCUUAAACCUCUGAGCCAUCUCUCCAGCUUCCUAAGAAAGAUUUUAUGGUGAUAGUUUGAAUUUUAAAAGAAAAAAAUUUGUGACUAUUUAAAUUCAAGUCUGAGGGCCAAGGAAUACAGUUUUGCUGACAGCAUAUUCACUCAGCCCUUUGGUGAUGCGCUGCCUAUGGGCCAGGUAGAACCUUUGUCUGCAAAGCAGCGGUCUUCUCUGGGCCAUCAUGGCCUGUGGCUCAAUGCAAGGAACCUUGAGAGGGCCAUGUGUUCCUGGACCCAGUGGGCCCCUAACAACCUCUCUCCCUGUCUCCACUUUUCUUCCCAAGGAUAUGGUAUUCAUGACCGUUUCCUAGCCUACAGUGGCAUGAUGAUCAGUACAACUCUUCUGGAUCCAUUUCCAGUUUGUUCCUUGGUCACAGUGGAGGCACUGUGGGGUGGCGUGGGUAGAGGAGGGUGCUGGGCCUUCAUGUCCUAGCCAGGCUGCAGCUGACUGGCAGGCUCCUGCCUGCCUCUGGCUUUUCUGGCCCUGGGGUAGAGUCAUUAAUGCCUCUAGGGUGAGUACAUAGCUAGGCUAGUCCAAAUACCAGUACUUCAAGUUGCAGAAAUUACUUCAUAGCAGGCUGAGUGGAGUCCCAUUUUUAUUGGGACUUGCAACUAUAUUUUAAGAUGUGUCUUUUUAAAACUUUUUGGUGUUUGGAGACAGGGUUUCUCUGUGUAGCCUUGUCUGUCUUAGACUCACUUUGUAGACCAGGCUGACCUCGAACUCAGAGACCCACCUGCCUCUGCCUCCCUAAGUGCUGGGAUUGCAGGCAUGUGCCACCACGCCUGGCUUGAGAUCUGUGUUUUAGCAAUCCGGUAGACCAGUCAGAUCUAAGCAGUCAUGAUUCCAGGUUGUGUCAGGACGUCUCAGCAGCACCCGGCUUGGUCUGUUGUGGCUCUACAGCCACGGAGUCUCAGUUACUUUCCUUUCACUGAUAAGACACUUUGACUAGGGCAGUUUAUAAAGGAAAGAGAUUAGUUGGGCUUACAGUUCCAGGGGUUUGGGAUCCAGCCUAGUGGAAGGAAGGCAUGGCAACAGGAGGCUGGAGUAGCAGCUCAGCGCUCACCUCCCAUCCGCCAGCGGGAGGCAGAGUCACAGGGGAUGACAAACCUUUUGAAACCUCAACACCUGUAUCUAGUGACACAGCAACAAGGCCACACUUAGUGCUUAGCACACACUUAAUGCUUAGCAAACAUUUCCACUGCUGGGACCAAGUAUUCAGACGUGAGCUUCUGGGGCUGGGGGGCCAUUCUCAAACCAUUACACAGAGCCUUUUUGUCAGUUUAGACCUGGCUUCUGGACUCCCCGGCCCCUCCCACCCCGCCUCAUUAAACUAUCUUCAUUCCUUAUUACCA